CCGAUGCUCUCGACCACCCACAACGAUGAAAAUUCUCCUCCCAACAGCGCUUUUAUCAUUAGUAUUAACGGCUACGACCUCGAAUAUUGACCUUGUCAAUCCUAUUAUCGGAAAUACAGGUCCGGAGCCUAAUUAUGCUGGCGGAAUGAUACCUUCGGUCGCACCGCCGUUCGGGAUGACGCGCUGGGUCGCUCAGACACACCAAAACUACGUGUCGAGGAUACCGUAUAACUACAGCGACUCGGACGUUAUCCAUGGCUUCAUUGGGACGCACCAGCCUGCUAUCUGGAUGGGAGAAAGCGGGAUGAUUGGGGUCGUGCCGGGGCUGAGUUCCAGUGCGGACGGAGAGGUGAAGGCGCGUUUCGAGGAGCGAGGGUUACGGAGAAGAAAUGGAAGUGAGACGUUUGGUGUCAGUUUGUACGAGGUCGAGCUGGAGACGGAUGACGACGACGACGGCGGUGGCGGUAGCAUUGGUGUUGCGAUGACGGCGACAUCUAGGGUGGGACAUCUACGGUUCACGUUCAAGACGGACUCUGCGUGGCAUCCGUAUGUCCUUCUUCAAUCUUCACGUCCCUCCGAGCUCUUUCAUUCCACCCCGACCGCUUCUCAUUUCAAUAUCUCGUAUCCCGAAGGCUGGACGCGUGUAUUCCCUGAGCAAAAUCGGAUUUGUGGAUACAAUUCUGAGAUGCAGGACUGGGUGAUCGCCCCGAUCUCCAUUGCGCAAAAUGUCGAAAACAAACCGAAAGAUGGGGGAGGACACGGUGGAUUCAAGGGCUGGUUCUGCGCAGCCUUUGACCGGGCAUUUGACGGCUACGGUGUGACGCAGGGCGCAGAGCAGAGAGACAGGGCACUUGAGGGACUUGGAGAGGAAAUCGGUGCUUACGCUCGAUUUGAGUAUCCAAGCGAUCAGGAGGAGCUGGUUGUUGACGUGCGAGUGGCGGUUUCGUUCAUCUCGAUGGAGCAAGCCCUUGUCAACCUGGACAAUGAAGUGCCAGAUGGGACCCCUUUGGAGGCGACGGAGCAGAAAACCAGAGCGGCGUGGGAGGAGAAACUGAACCUCGUGGAGGUGGAAGGCGGCAAGUUGGAAGACAGACGGGUUUUGAUGACGGGUGUCUUCCACGCCCUUCAAUAUCCAUAUGAACAACAUGAGCAUGGCAAGUAUUACUCUGCGUACGACGACGAGGUCCAUAAUGGGGAAUCAUACAGCGGCUACUCCAUCUGGGACACGUAUCGAGCCGAAUGGGGUUUCUUGCUCCUCUUUGCGCCGGAACGCAUACCCGGAAUGAUACAAAGCAUGCUGCAAGAUUACAAAGAGGGCGGGUGGCUACCUAUGUGGAAGAACAUCGUUGAAACUAAUAUUAUGAUCGCGACCCAUGCGGAUUCUUUGAUCACGGAAGCCAUUCUGAAAGGCUUUGAGUCCGGGUUCGACGUUGAUCUCGCUUGGGAGGCUGUGUGGAAGGAUGCCACUGUUCCCCCGGAGAGAGAUUGGGAGGUCAGAUACGAGGAUAGGGAAGAAGGCGUUGACUAUGAGGUCAGAGCAGGCCUUUCGUCGUCGUACGCGGAUCCCAGAAAAGGGUGGGUCGAUGAUGAUGUCCACUCGGAAAGUGUUAGCAGGACGUUGGACUAUGCAUAUGAUGAUCAUGCUCUGUCGCUCUUAUCCGUGCAUCUCAACAAGUCUCCAUCCGUCACGUCGUUCUUACACGAGCGCUCAAUGAAGGCGCCUUGGCUUGUGUGGAACAGCGAUGCCACCUCUGUUGAUGACUAUGUGAAUGGGGAAGAUAAGGUUCGGUUCCAAGGGAUGACGCAAGGAUUUGUCCAAGGCAGGAAUGUUGAUGGCAGCUGGGCCGAUCCGGCCUCUGGGUUUACGGAGGGUGACAAAUGGGCAUACUCGUUCGAUGUCGUUCAUGAUAUACCCGGCCUGAUAGAGAAACGGGGCGGGAAGGAGGCGUUUGUUCAGAGUCUGGACGAGUACUAUGAUGGUGGCUGGGACUGGUUUGGGAACGAGCCAGCUCAUCAUGUACCGUACCUGUACGCUUUGGCUGGGCGGCCUGACCUGACGCAAUAUCGUGUCCGGGAAACUGCGCGUGCCAAUUAUAAUGAUACCCCCCAGGGAUUGAGCGGCAAUGAAGACUGUGGGCAGAUGAGCGCCUGGUAUAUCUUUGCGGCCUUGGGGUUCUAUCCUGUGAAUCCAGUCUCAAAGGAAUUCGUCAUUGGCUCACCGUUCUUUGACAAGCUUACGCUGCAUCUGCCUUCUUUGGAGGCUGAUGCGUCGUCGCCCUUCUAUGAUGCACAGAGAGGGGCGUAUACACUGACGGUGGAGAAGUGUGGCGACCCUGAGGCUAUAUAUGUGAAGUCGGUUGCGGUGAAUGGGGUGGGGGUGGAUCUGUAUGGCGGGAGUCCUAUCAUUCGGUGGGAAGAUGUUUAUCAUGGGGGACAUGUUGUGUUUGAGAUGUCGACGACUCCGGUGUAUGGUGUGAGUGGAGAUGCUGCGGGGAUCGUACAUGAGGAAUUGUAG